CUCUUCAAUAUCCCCAAGAUGGCCGCCGAUGUGGGAUCGAUGUUUCAAUAUUGGAAGAAAUUUAAUCUACGGCGGCUUCAGAGGGAGCUAAACUCAAUAGCGUCUGAGCUGGCGGGGCGACAGGAAGAGAGCGAGCACUCCCACAAGCACCUGGUGGAGCUGAGCCGGGAGUUCAAGAGAAAUGUUCCGGAGGAAGUCCGGGAGAUGGUGGCUCCUGUCCUCAAGACUUUCCAAGCUCAGGUGGUCGCUCUGAACAAGCGCAGUAAGGAGGCAGAGUCGGCAUUCCUGGGAAUCUACAAGCAGCUUAUCGAAGCCCCUGACCCAGUUCCCGUUCUUGAGGCCACACACACCCUGGAGGAGAGGCUGCAGCAGCUGCAGAGUUCGGCCCCAAACAGCGAGGCCCUGGUCAGGGAGAUCAGCGGGCACUGGAAGAGACACCUGGAGUGCCUUGACAAGCCAGGAGACACAGAGGAGGACCCAGCAGCAGCAGAGUCAGGACCUGGGGAGGCAUCGAGCUGGACAGCUGGUGUGAUGACUCCAAACAGCAAACAGGCCCUCAGAGUCACAGGCUCACCUCAGCAGAACCACCAGGGCCAGAACCAGACAGAAGGGGAAGCCGAAGACACAGAUGCCACUCUGGCCGACAGACUGGGUGAGGCCGAGGAGAGGAUCAAAGUGCUGCAUUCAUCUCUGAGCACAGCCCAGACAGAUCUUCUGGACCUGCGGUGUAAAUACGACCAGGAGAAGGCCAACAAGGCGGAGGAGGUUGGUGUGAUCAUGAUGAAUCUUGAGAAGGCAAACCAGAAAGCAGAAAUGGCCCAGAGGGAGGUGGAGAGGCUAAAGGAACAACUGGCCAGUCCCCGGAGCGCCACCCCAGGGAGCUGCCAUCCACCAGACGGCACUAGUGGGGAGAGGGGUGAUGUGUUGCCAUCCAAGUUGGAGGCUAAGCUGAUGGCUAAAGACCGAGAGAUCCUCAGGCUACUGGAAAACGUACAGAGACUACAGUUCGCACUACAGGAAGUCCAAAACAUCUCAGCCAAUCAGAUCAUUGAGCUGGAAAGCCAGCUGACCUAUAAGACAGAAGCUAUUGAGAGAUUAGAAGCUAAACUGCAAUCCCAGUUGGACUAUGAAGAGAUUAAAACAGAACUCCGUAUCUUGAAGGUAAUGAAGCUGGCCUCAACGAAUGGUAGCUCGUCCCAGGACACUGCAGAGGCUCUUUUGCGGGACAAAGAGGCCUUUCUUCCCUCUCCCAAGUACCUGAUGGAUAAGGCCAGAAUCUUACACAACAAUGAUGAGGACCGAUCAGAGGAGUCAGGCAGGGAGUCAGACAGGGAGUGGGGCAGGCCCUCAGGGUCCUUCUCCUCAGUCUCCCAAGUGGAUGAGCGUACCUCUGCCAGCCCUGGACCCCCCACAAUGGACGUCUCCUCCUCUAGCCACGACCUCCCCCACCCCUUCUCUGUGUCCCCCUGCUUAAGGGACAGGCUGUCUGCGGACCACAUCGUCCACAAGCAGCUCCUCUCCUCCCCACUCUUUAAGAAGGAAUCCGGCAGCCCCCUCAUGGCCUUCCCCACCGCCCUGUAUGCAGCCAAAGUCACCCUAAUGUCAGCCAAUCAGGGACCUGCAGGGGCCGGCGGCAUCGAGGCCGGCCUGCCCAGUGACCAAUCGGAAAGCGGGAGCUCCACUGCGGGCGAUGACGACCAGUUGGAGACAGCAGAGAUUGCCUUCCAGGUGAAAGAGCAGCUGCUGAAGCACAACAUUGGCCAGCGUGUGUUUGGUCACUAUGUGCUGGGCCUAUCACAGGGCUCGGUCAGUGAGAUACUGGCCCGACCCAAGCCCUGGAGGAAGCUGACAGUGAAAGGCAAGGAGCCCUUCAUCAAGAUGAAACAGUUCCUGUCUGACGAUCAGAACAUCUUGGCCCUCAGGACCAUCCAGGUCCGACAGAGAGGGAGCAUCACUCCUCGCAUCCGAACUCCUGAAACUGGGUCAGACGACGCCAUCAAAAAUAUCUUGGAGCAGGCCAAGAAGGAGAUCCAGUCCCAGAGAGGAGGUGACAUUAAGUCGUCCCUGGGCAGCCCCUCCGGCUUGAGCAGUAAUGGGGCGGGCGGCAGCUCAGACGACACCAUCAAGAACAUCCUGGAGCAGGCCAGGAGGGAGAUGCAGGCGCAGCAGCAGGCCCUGAUGGAGAUGGAUGUCUGUGGCAGGGCCUCUGCCACCAGCGCCGGGCCCCAGGUGGAGCGCCUGGGGCUCCCUGAGCCUUCCAAGGUCCUGCCUUUACCCACCUUCAUCAAACAGGAGGAGGGGGGCACUGUGACCGUGUGCAUGGCCAACCCCAUCAGCAGCCCCCAGACCCCCCUCAGUGUCCUCUCCCCCGCCGCCUUUGUCCAGAACAUCAUCCGUAAAGUCAAGUCGGAGAUCGGUGAGGCGGGGACUUACUUCGACCAGCACUGGUCUGUGGAGCGGGGGCCCAUAGGCAUGGUAGGUGGCGUAGGGGGCGGCAGCUCUCGGCCCUUCACCUCAGUGUCUCCCUCCCUGUCCUCCUCCUCGUCUUCGGGCCCCUCGGCCCUGCCCCGGCCCUGGCCCCGGCUGGAGAACGGAGAGUGUCUGCCCAACAGUGAGGAGGCGUCUGCAGCCGAGGAGGACACUGGCUCGGGGAUGGUACGGUCUGUGGAAGUAAAAGUGGAGUCGGACGUGUCAGUGAGUGGGGAGUCACCCGGCCCUGGUCGUGGCCUGUCCUAUUACCCAUCAUACCUCCCCCGCACCCUGAAGCCCACCGUGCCGCCGCUGACGCCGGAGCAGUAUGAGAUGUACAUGUACCAUGAGGUGGACACCAUCGAACUCACCCGGCAGGUCAAAGAGAAGCUGGCUAAGAACGGCAUCUGUCAGAGGAUCUUUGGUGAAAAGGUGCUGGGUCUGUCUCAGGGCAGUGUGAGUGACAUGCUGUCUCGGCCCAAACCCUGGAGCAAGCUGACCCAGAAAGGCAGGGAACCCUUCAUCCGCAUGCAGCUGUGGCUGCUGGACCAGCUGGGCCAAGCACUCACCCAGCUUCCCAGCCAAAGCCUCUCUCGAGAUAAAAGCCCAGUGACGGCCCAGUCGUCGCCCUCCCCACCCCCCAGCCCAGAGGAGAGCCACCCCAGCCCAUUGGUGGAGCCCGUCAGCCAUACCCUGGAGAGCAGCAAAGAGAACCAGCAGCCUGAUGGCCUGGGCCUAAUGCCCCCCCACCCAGAAGGAGGGAAAUCCACCCCCAGUCUGCUGUCCCUCCACCAGCCCCACACCCUGGGCAUCCAGGAGCUGGUGGCAAUGUCCCCAGAGCUGGACACAUACGCCAUCACCAAGAAGGUCAAGGAGGUGCUAACAGACAACAACCUAGGCCAGCGGCUGUUUGGGGAGAGUAUACUGGGCCUCACCCAGGGCUCAGUGUCAGACCUGCUCUCCAGGCCCAAGCCCUGGCACAAACUCAGCCUCAAAGGCAGGGAGCCUUUCGUCCGCAUGCAACUGUGGCUCAACGACCCGCACAACGUGGACAAGCUGAGGGACAUGAAGAAGAUGGAGAAGAAAGCCUACCUGAAGAGGCGGUAUGGGCUGCUGAGUACCGGCUCAGACAGUGACUCUCCCAGUGCCCGCUCUGAGUGUGUGAGCCCAGCUCUGGCCUCAAUAGACCUGUGUCCCUACAGUCAGGUGAAGAAGCCCAGGGUGGUGCUGGGGGCUGAGGAGAAGGAGGCUCUGAGGAAGGCCUACCUCCUGGAGCCAUACCCCUCCCAGCACACCAUUGAGAUGCUGGCCUGCCAGCUCAACCUCAAAACCAAUACCGUCAUCAACUGGUUCCACAACUACAGGUCCAGGAUGCGACGGGAGGUCCUCAUGGAGGGUCUCCAGGACAACGACACAGACACAGAACACCACAGCUACUCUCCCUCGGCCAUACAGAGCCCCAUCUCAGACGGAGAUGAGAGGAGGCUGCUGCACCCCGCUGGACGCACCCCCCACCCCAUCCGCCCCCUCAGUGCCAACACACCACUGCCUCAUGUCAAACAGGAGGCCAGUGAGCGGGAGGACGAGGGAGAGGAGGAGGAGAGGAACGGCUACAUCAAACAGCCUAAGAUCCAGUGUUUCUCUAUGGGUGUCCAGUUCCCUCAGUUGAAAACGGAGCAUGAGGACCUAAUGGGUGGCUGCCGAGAGCUCCACCUGGCUCCACACUAUCCUCAGAGCAUGAGGCAGGAAGAGGGUAUGAGCAGCCAGGCUCAGGGGCUCUUCCAGGAGGCGCUCUCCCUAGAUGGUCCCCAGAGAACCAGCCAUUCCAGGCACGAGGUUGACGACUCCAGCAAGUCUCCCGUGGACCCGGUCAGAUUCAAGGCCUCGUCUGAGCCCUCCCGCAGCAGCCUGGAGGUCUCACUCAACUCCCCCUCCGCUGCCUCCUCGCCCGGCCUCAUGAUGUCCGUCUCCCCUGUCUCAUCUUCCUCUGCACCCAUCUCCCCAUCCCUGCCCAACCCACCCACGACAAGCACCAACCACAGCCUGGACCCUAACCCCAUGCCUCCCAUCCAGAGCCCCAAGCCCAACAGGAGCGUUCAGAGACGCACCGAGAAAAUUGCCAACCUCAACAACAUCAUCCACAGGCUGGAGAGAGCGGCUAACCGAGAGGAGACCCUGGAGUGGGAGUUUUAGGCCACUCCCUUCCUCCACAUUUCCUCAGUCCUGCUGACUCACACCAGACAUGGGAGACUCUCAAAGAGAAGCUUCAGGAACACAUGAAGUGGAGCCUGGCUCCUGAAGGCCUGUCCUCCCUGUCCUCUCAUACUGAAUAAAUACCCUGUAGGAUACCAGGGGAAACCAGAGCUAAACUUACAGACAAAUUCCCUUAGAGGGCUUUUAGAAAAUAAAAAAUAUUUAUAAAUGUGUUUUAGUUUUUUUGAUAAUGGAAACUACUUUGAAAUAUAUGUAACAGCACUAGCUGUUGUUUUACCUAAUGGACUCUGACGUGAAGACUUUUGCAGCUAUGGUGUCAUGAAAUGUACACUGAAGUUGUGUAGAUUGCCACUGGGUGAGAUUAAAAAAGACUCUGUCUUAAGCCAUCAAAAGCACUAUAAUUAUAUAAAAAGAGACAAUGACCAAAUUUGCUAAUUUUUGAAUAGCAAUUUUUCCGAUUUUGUCUGUAAAACGGGACAGUUUAAGUCAAAGUAACGUGAAAUUGUACUACUGACUAAGGGAUAGUCCUUUAAGACUCUAAAUAUUCAACAUCUCCUAUGUACUUAGUUUCUUGGUGAUAUGUUUUGAAACAUAAAGUGUGGUUGUACAUGUUGUAGAAUUGUCUGCAAUAGCCUUCUGAACCAGAUGUAUCAUGGUAUUCAACUGACCCUGUUAUCCUCUAUAGUUAGUCACCUGUGAUAUACUGGAGCAAAAAUUUGUGAAAAGAAAUCUGAAAAAUAAGAAAAAAAGGAAAUGUAAAAUCUAACGAGUAGAAUCUUUUUUUGUUGUUAUAUAAUCCUGGAGGUUUACAGUUUUGAACCCUUGUGCACUUGUCAGUAAGUGAAACUCACUACACAUGAGCACAGUUUACAUGAUUUAUUUCAGACUUACCUCUAUGAUCCUUUAACCUCUAUGAUCCUCCGACCGUUUGAAUAAAUUGAUUAAGAUAUGUUUGAAUUAUGUCUCAGACAGCAAUGGAACCUGAGAAUCUAUUAGUGAGGAGUCACAGGCAAAUAUUGACAUUAUUUAAUACCACAUUGAGAACGCCUGCUCUUGGAUAACAAAAGACUUCAUCCUCCUUUUCUCGCUUGAUCCAUCGUCCUUCUGUCCUCCCACGGGCUCUCAUGCUGUUCCUCCUGCAGUCGUGUUUAUUGUGCCCUUCCAGAGAGGUAACUCAUUACUGAAAUACACUACAUAACCAAAAGUAUGUGGACACCUGCUCAUAGAACAUCUCUUUCCAAAAUCAUGGGCAUUUAUAUGGAGUUGGUCCCCCUUUGCUGCUAUAACAGCAUCCACUCUUCUGGGAAGGCUUUUCACUAGAUGUUGGAGCAUUGCUGCGGGGACUUGCUUCCCAUUCAGCCAAAAGAGCAUGAGGUCGGGCACUGAUGUUGGGCGAUUAGGCCUGGCUCGCAGUCAGCGUUCCAAUUUAUCCCAAAGGUGUUCAAUGAGGUGGAGGUCAGAGCUCUGUGCAGGCCAGUCAAGUUCUUCCACACCAAUCUCGACAAACCAUUUCUGUGUGGACCUCGCUCUAUGCACAGGGGCAUUGUCAUGCUGAAACAGGAAAGGGCCUUCCCCAAACUGUUGCCACAAAGUUGGAAGCACACAAUUGUCUAGAAUGUCAUUGUAUGCUGUAGCGUUAAGAUUUCCGGGCCUAGCCAGAACUAUGACAAACAGCCCCAGACCAUUAUUCCUCCUCCACCAAACUUUACAGUUGGCACUAUGCAUUCGGGUAUGUAGCAUUCUCCUGGCAUCCGCCAAACCUAGAUUCGUCCGUCGGACUGCCAGAUGGCGAAGUGUGGUUCAUCACUCCAGAGAAUGUGUUUCCACUGCUCCAGAGUCCAAUGGUGGCAAGCUUUUGAACUCUCCAGCCAACACUUGGCAUUGCGAAUGGUGAUCUCAGGCUUGUGUGCGGUUGCUCGGCCAUGGAAACCCAUUACAUGAAGCUCCCGAUGAACAGUUCUUAUGCUGAUAUUGCUUCCAGAGGCAGUUUGGAACUCGGAAGUGAGUGUUGCAACCGAAGACAGACAAUUUUAACAUGCUUCAGCAUGUUCUGUGAGCUUGUGUGCCCUACCACUUCGCGGCGUUGUUGCUCCUAGACGUUUCCACUUCACAAUAACAGCACUUACAGUUGACAGAGGCAGCUCUAGCGGGGCAGAAAUUUGACAAACUGACCUGUUGGAAAGGUGGUAUCCUAUAACAGGUCCACAUUGAAAGUCACUGAGUUCUUCAGUAAAGCCAUUCUACUGCCAAUGUGUGUCUAUGGAGAUUGCAUGGCGGUGUGCUCAAUUUUAUAUGCCUCUGUCAUCAAUGGGUGUGGCUAAAAUAGCCGAAUCCACUAAUUUGAAGGGGAAUCCACAUACUUUUGUAAAUAUACUGUAUUGUAUCUGUGCACUUGUGAGUGCAAGGGAAAUUGACUGUUAGAUAAAUGAGUGCCCGAGAAUGUAAUGUUUACUUUAGCUCUGGUUUAGGCUUACCGUGUGUUACACCUAGCGUUUAGUUCAGUGGGCUAACACAGUCUUGAGUCAUUCAAACAUCUCUGGUUUGAUUCCUUGAUGAUAACAUACUGUAGAAAGACACAAUACCCUAUAGAGCACCAACAAGUUUCUCUCUUGUUCGACCUCUAUCUGACUGGAAUAAGAAUCUGUAAGCAUGGAUACAAGUCCUGAUGGAAAGAACAUGAUACAAUAUGACCUCAUCAAAAUUCUACUACGUUGAAUUCGGUUUGAAAGUACAUUCUAUGACACAAAAUUAAAUCAAUUAUUUCAUAUUAUGCUUGCCGCUGGCCACUACUGUAUUGUGUCUGUAAUAUGAGUUUUGUCAUGCUUGCAGUUUGCUAAUAUCUUCUAUAUUUUGCUUCUGUUUGGUACUCUGAACGAUUUUAAUAGAUAUUCAAUACCUUGUGUAUGAACUACUUACAGCACUUAGAUAUUAAUAAUUGUGAGGAUUCAUGAAAAGUUCCAAUAUCGAAAUGAUCCUAACUUUUAGUGUCCACAAGUCUUUGCCUUUACUGUAUUGUUCAAUUUGGUAGUAAACACUUGCACAUGUCUUACUAGUUCAGAGGAUUUGGAUUGUAUGUAUAGAUAUAUAAAUAUUACACAUUUACUGAAAAUGAUAUCAUAUGUUCUUGAACAAAAUGUGCUGACUAUAUUGAAAUGGAGUGUACAGAUCUAUUAACCAAUCCCAUAUGAGCCAGUUCUGGUCUGGCAAGCUUGCCCAUGAUUUCGACCUUCUCUCAGGGUAGUCUUGCUUCUUAAAGCUUUACUGAACCAGUCACUCUCAUCACUGGUCAAUACAAUAAUGAAUUAAUAUAAUAUCAGAAGUAAACAGAAGACAGGAUGGUUCUUCUGCCAUAUGUUAUAUGGGAUUAUGGAAGUUUUAUCUAUGGGAAUGCACAUGGAAAACAGAUGGUUGGUUUUUGAGAACAAUGGCAGACUAUUUUGUAAUCCGUUGGUGACAAUGUUCAGAAGUAGGUCAUUUAAUCGAAUGGUUUUGUGAAGCAAACGGGGAGAGGAAUAAUUAUAAAAUUGCUGACACCCUGACAGAAUUGACUCUUCCAUACUUGCUGAGCAGAUAAAGUAUAUGUGCUUGACAUUAUAUACCUCUAAGGAUGAAAUAGGGGAAUUUGGAAAUCCCAUAUUAAACUAUGACAAACUUUCCUUUGUUUUAACACCUAAUGUUCUGUCUCAGUGAUACUGUAUAUGGGAGUACUUGGAAGUAACUUUUCUUGUCUGAGAUAUCAUUGUCUUACAGAGAAAAAUGUACUACACUGAACAAAAAUAUAAACACAACAUGUAAAGUGUUGGUCCCAUGUUUCAUGAGCUGAAAUAAAAGAUCACAGAAAUGUUCCAUACGCACAAAAAGCUUAUUUCUCUCAAACGUUGUGCACAAAUCAUUUGUACAUCCCUAUUAGUGAGCAUCUCUCCUUUACCAAGAUAAUCCAUCCACCUGACAGGUGUGGCAUAUCAAGAAACUGAUUAAACAGCAUGAUCAUUACACAGGUGCACCUUGUGCUGGGGACAAUUAAAGUUCACUCUAAAAUGUGCGGUUUUGUCACACAACACAAUGCCAUAGAUGUCUCAAGUUUUGAGGGAGCUUUCAAUUGACAUGCUGACUGCAGGAAUGCCCACCAUAAGCCGCAUCCAACAUCGUUUUAGAGAAUUUGUCAGUACGUCCAACCGGCCUUACAACCGCAGACCACGUGUAUGGCGUCAUGUGGACGAGCGGUUUGCUGAUGUCAACGUUGUGAACAGAGUGCCCCAUGGUGGUGGUGGGGUUAUGGUAUGACCAGGCAUAAGCUACAGACAAUGAACACAAUGACAUUUAUUGAUGGCAAUUUUGAUGCACAUAUAUACCGUGACGAGAUCCUGAGGCCCAUUUCUUUUAAGGUAUCUGUGACCAACAAAUGCAUAUCUGUAUUCCCAGUCAUGUGAAAUCCAUAGAUUAGGGCCUAAUGAAUUUAUUUAAAUUGACUGAUUUCCUCAUAUGAACUGUAACUCAGUAAAAUACUUGAAAUUGUUGCAUGUUGCGUUUAUAUUUCUGUUCAGUAUAAUAAAUGUAUGAAAAUGAAUGGAUUUACACUGAUCCUUAUGGAUACUUACCUCUUCACGUAAACCUCAUUUCAUUGUUUGAAUUUUGCAUGGAAUUUUAUAUUGGUCACUUGGAAAGGGAUUAUUCUUUGUUUUGUAUUAUUGUUCUGGCACAUUGACAUUGACUCUGCACUUCUCCCUUUUUACACUGGUGAAUUCCAUGCAUGUUGCAAUUGGCAGUUUUGGUGACAGACAAUGUGGAGGUGUAAACCUUUACCCAUUACCCACUGGUUAAAUGUUGUAGAGAGUGUGUGAAAUUAUAUUCAACUGACUGAGUUGAUUCUUUGUAGUAUUCAUGAGACAGGUUUAAUAUGUGAAUAAGUUGGGGAAUUCUACCCCAAAUCCAUAAGUAAAAAGCAGACAUUUAGAAAUGAGGUUUUGUUAAGCAUCAUGAUUAUUCUGGCCUUUGUCAUAGAUUGCGAUUUGUUUGACACAGGGCUGUGUUUAAACUGGUAAGGGGAAAUGCAAAGCUUUGCAUCUUUUUUAAAUUGACCUCCGUCACUAAAAGGUGUAAAGUGCUAGAAUAGUUGGGUCAGCAAGAAUAUGAUUAUAUUAGUGAUUUACCGUCUAUGAGAUUUGGUUUUGUUCAUAAAGGGAUUUCAAAUGUUGUUUAACAAUAUGUGCUCUGAUGUUCCAGAAGUGAGCUAACAAGAGUAGACCUCUUAAAUAUCUUAGCCUCUGGCCCCACCUCUCUAGUCAAAAGAAAUGUCAUAACCUGUUAAAACAGAUCAUCUCAUGUUUCAAGGCAUUGGAACCUGUUAAAGAAUGGAUACAAAUAUGCGAAGUGUCUUUCAUUCACAUAUGUAUCAAGCCAUCAUCCCAAUACAUUAUUGUAUAAGA